GCCGGUCCCGCAGCCAUGGCGCGGAAGUCGAGGCUUCUGCUCUUCGUGCAGCUCCUGCUCGGCCCGGCGCUCGUGCGCUGCUCCUGCCCGCUCCCCCUGGUUCUCAACACCUGGCCUUUUAAGAAUGCAACCGAAGCAGCCUGGAGGACCUUAGCGUCCGGAGGGUCCGCCCUGGAUGCCGUGGAGACCGGCUGUGCGCAGUGUGAGAGCGAGCAGUGUGACGGCACGGUGGGCUUCGGAGGAAGUCCUGAUGAACUCGGGGAGACCACGCUGGACGCCAUGAUCAUGGAUGGCACUACCAUGAACGUAGGGGCAGUGGGAGAUCUGCGACGAAUCAAAAACGCCAUUGGUGUGGCUCGGAGGGUCCUGGAACAUACCACACACACGCUGUUAGCAGGAGAGUCAGCCACCAAGUUUGCGGAAAGUAUGGGGUUUGUCAACGAGGAUUUGUCGACCGAGGCUUCGCGAGCGCUGCAUUCGGACUGGCGCGCUGGAAACUGCCAGCCAAAUUACUGGAGGAAUGUUGUACCAGAUGCUUCAAAGUACUGUGGCCCCUACAAACCACCCGGUAUCUCAAAGCAGGAUCGUUCUGCCUACGGAGAAACGGGAGCUAAUUAUGGUCAUGAUACUAUUGGCAUGGUUGUAAUCCACAAGAUGGGGCGCACUGCUGCUGGUACAUCUACAAAUGGUAUAAAAUUCAAAAUACAUGGUCGAAUAGGAGAUUCGCCAAUUCCCGGAGCCGGAGCCUACGCUGACGACACUGCAGGGGCCGCCGCGGCCACCGGGGAUGGGGACAUACUGAUGCGCUUUCUCCCAAGCUACCAAGCCGUGGAAUAUAUGAGAAGCGGAGAGAGCCCAACCACAGCUUGCCGGAAAGUGAUUUCAAGAAUUCACAAGUAUUUCCCAGAGUUCUUUGGGGCUGUCAUAUGUGCCAAUGUGACUGGAAGUUACGGAAAGAGUAAGGUUGAGGCCACGGGAUCCGCCCAGACUGAAUUUCAGGACAUCACAGCCACGCGGCCUUCUCGCUGUCGGGUCCGGAGAAGGAAGGAUGCUGUUGAUAAUAAAGGCGCUGCUUGUGCAGCAGUUAGAAAGUGCGGGCAGUCUGAGGAGCAGGCUGGUCCGUUCCCCUGCUAGAGCUUCAGCGUGAAGGUUUGGUCACAGCCACCUCUGAUCUGUUCGCCACUGAGAUUCGGUGUAGUCAUUUCUUCCGAGGAGGAUUCCGGGAGCUGGACCUGUCCCGAGGCUUUACCAGUCUCCUGCGCCCAGGUUGGUGAUCGCAGUUAGAGCUACGUCGGUGAGCCUGCGUCCAGCCUGGUCCUGCCUGGCCAGGCCAAGUUCGGGCCCCGGCUGUCCGCUGUGUGAGGUGUGUGUGCUCUCUCCGCACGUCCUGUCCUUCAGAAGCACUACCUGCAGCGUCCAGAGCCCGCCAUAACCCCACACGGACGACACUGUCCUCAGUACAUCUGCCUUCCCCGGACUCCUCUUAAUACCGCCUGCUGUUUGCCCCCUGGGGCCGGGAAGCUGUAGUUUCUAGACCGCUGUCAGCUGCCUGAGGCCUCGCUGCGCGUCCUCACUGUCUGGGAAGCCUGCUCCAUCCCAGGCCCAGUUCCUCACAAACGAGGACUUGAAAGGCACAGUUAGCAGCUCCUCACUGGUGCCUGGAAGUUAAUGCGGAGAUAAUCCUGCAGCUUCGCUCAGAGCGGAAGAGAAAACGGUCCUUCCGAGCGCUCGCAGGUGCGCGGACUGGCCCAGUCUGAUCCUGGGCCCGGGAAGCGGGGGGAGUGGCGGACGUAAAGGGCAGUGCCCUCAGGUCGGCACAGUGCCCGUCUGAGUCUGCUGUCUGUCCCACGUGAGGCGGCCACUGCCACCAGGAAAACAAGACAACGUCUUCGGGGCCGGUCCCUCAGCAGAUCAGGAGCUUAGCUGACAAAAGCCACCCACAUGUUUUUAAAGCUAUUUUCUCUUUAAUUCACAUUCUUCCUGAUGGAAAUAAUUGUCCUAUAAGUCAAAUCUAGAAAAAGUAAUGAAAUUAGCUUUGGAAAUGUAUUUUUAAGCUCUAGAUUUGAGUAUAAUAUUUGAAUGCUGCAGAUGGGUUGUCCUUUCUUUUGAAAAGUUAAAACUACUUCUGACAUGUGCACGGGGAACUCGCCUCCGAUGAUGUGACACCAGGGGCCCCUGAGGUUGCAGGGACACAGGAAGCUAGGGCAAUGGCCCAGUCCGUAAAGAGCAGUGUGAGCCAACUGGAAGUUGAAUUUGGAAAGAAUUCACUACAACUUAGCAAGAGCAAAAAGUUACUUGGACAGUUUAAUGGUGACCUACCUUUUUACGAAGUGAAGGUGUUACGUGCUCUGGCUGUGCACACUGGUGGCUGAAGAUGGCUUAGGUAAGGUGAGGGGGCGGCAAUGCUUGGCACUCUGCAGGGUCAUUUCCCUUUGCCAAUAGAAACAGGUGUUUUUCUUCCCACUUGCUUACUAAGGUGAAAUUAAACUGUCCUAGCAACCCUGGCUGGGUAGCUCAGCUGGUUAGAGCAUCGUCCAGAUGUGCCAAGGUUUGGGGUUAAGUCCUUGGUUAGGGCACAUGGAUGCGUGAAGAAGUAGAACAACAAAUCAGUGUUUCUCUCUCUGUCUCUCCUCUCUUCCUCUCUCU